CCUAUACUGCUGAAUAGUUCGCUGCUGCUGACUGCUGAUCAACAUCAAAGAUCAACAUUCAACGUUUGAUGAUUUGAAUUUGAACGGUUUGAUGUGUUGCAGAAGGAUGAACAUACAAAUUUUCCAUUCACAAAAACUCAUAAUAAAUAGUUAAACGCACAGGUUGAAUCAGGCACUCGUAAAUUUUUACCUGCGAUAGAAUAUGCAUCGGUUUUGAGAAUGCAUUGUCCAAGUGAAUCAAAUGAGAAAUUAGUGGAUAUUUUUGAAAAUUUGACUUUAGAUUUUGGACCGCACGAGACAGUACAUAGAUGGAAACGUAUGCCUGCUUGUGAUGAAUUUGUGGGAGCAAGACGUAGCAAGCACACAAUGGUAGCAUAUAACAGUGCACUCUAUGUCUUUGGUGGUGAUGAUGGGAAACGUAUGUUAAACGACCUGCUACGUUUUGAUACCACGGACUGUUCAUGGAGAAGUAUCAUAACGAACGUUCUACAGAAAAUAAGGAAUGACGAAGCCCGAGGCAUAUGCGUGAUGCCAAAAUGGCCAACUCAACCCAGGUAUCCUAUAGCUCUUACAAUGCUAGAGAAGCCACCAAUAGAACUAAAAGCAUUACCGAGUCUCCUCAUACAACCCAGUCAUCCAACAGAAGUACACCCCCUUUUCAAGAAACGCACCCUGAUUGUCUGCCUUUUAUCGGGGAAAAACUAGGAAACCAAAAUCUUUCACGGGCUGCUCAAAACAUUAUCAUAUCAUCAUGGAAAAAAGGUACUACAAAGCAAUACCGCACUUACCUAUUACGCUGGCAGGAGUUUUGUCGAUGUAAAGGAUUAUUGUUGUACAGCACUGGAAUGGCGAAUACCAUUGACUUCCUAACUGAAAUGUACAAAUCUGGACUAGGAUACAGUGCCAUAAACACGGCAAGAUCUGCACUUUCUUCAAUAAUACUACCUACUUCAGGUGCUACGUUUGGCAAAGACCCCUUAGUUUGCCGGAUUUUGAAAGGGGUGUUAGAACUUAAACCAUGCCUUCCAAAAUAUACCCACAUAUGGGAUGUUAACGCCGUUCCUAGUUACUUAAAAACAUUGGAUCCUACAAAGGAGAUGGCAUUAAAAUAAUAUCACAACAAAUCUGGCAACUCUACUCUGUUUACUAACCGGACAACAAUGCCAGACUAUACACAAAAUUAACUUAAAUUUUAUACAAUUUCAUGAUGAAGAAUGUACGAUCACGAUUCGUGAAAUACUUAAACACACAAAGGCAGGCAGACACCAACAACCUAUAAGAUUACAAAGCUACCCGACCGAUAAAAAAAACUAUGCGUCAUAGAGUACCUUAGACAAUACAUAACCCGUACUGAAACUUUAAGAGGACAACAAUCGCAACUUUUCUUCAGUUUCACCAAACCUUACAGUCUAGUGACCAAAGACACCAUUGCCAGAUGGGUUCAAAUCAACUUUGGAAAAGUCUGGAAUCAACACUAAGAAAUUUACAUGCCAUAGUACUCGGGCUGCCUCAACUUCAGAUACUAAAACAGCUGGAGUAAAUUUGAGACAAAUCAUGCUAUCAGCGGGAUGGUCAAAUGCUACUACGUUUGCAAAGUACUAUGAAAAAUAUGUUGAUACAGACACUUUUGGCAAAGUGGUACUAGACAGGACAGAAAACAAUGAAACUUUGCAUGCUACUAACAAAAUUUUAGCAUAAGUUAACUUUUAUGAGGUUCUGUUAAAUACAUGUAAAGUAGGGUACUUUAUUAAUAUUCUCUCAAACUGA